CUGAAUUUUUCCGUUUGCCGCAUAAUAAAUAUCAAGAAUAAAUAGAUUUAAGAAUGUAUAAAAAAUAAACAAACAUUUAAUAAAUUCAAAUUGCUAUUAAAAUGAAAUUGUAUUGUUUGAGUAACGAUCCCAACAAACCAUGCCACAUUCUAACUUUUCGAGAAAUAACCAUGAUGUUAGAUUGCGGUCUUUCUAUGCAAUCACUCUUGAACUUUUUACCACUAUCAUUCGUACCUUCGAAUAAGCUAUUGAAUUUACCAAACUGGAUGCCCAGUGAUACCACAGAUCCAGAUCUAGAAGGAGAAUUAAAAGAAAAUGGUGAUAGAGUUUUCGUAGAUUCUCCACCAGAAUUUUGCCCACCUUUAGAUAAAUUAAUAGAUUUCUCACAGGUUGAUGUUAUUUUAAUAUCAAAUUAUUUAUGUAUGAUGGCAUUACCUUUUGUAACAGAGGGUACAGGUUUUAAAGGUACAGUUUAUGCUACAGAACCAACCCUACAAUUUGGAAGACUAUUAUUAGAAGAAAUAGUAAUUUAUAUUGAACAGUGUCCAAAAUCUAGUUUUGCUACACAGUGGAAGAAUUUUGUACACAAAUGUCCCUAUCCUUUGAAUGAGGCUUUCAAGCCAAAAUCAUGGAAACAGAUUUAUAAUAUGAAAAAUGUAAAUGCUAGCUUAUCAAGGAUACAAAUGGUCGGAUAUAAUGAGAAAGUGGAUGUAUAUGGAGCUCUUCAAGUAAUUCCAGCCAGUUCGGGAUUGUGUUUGGGUUCCGCCAAUUGGGUUAUAAGUACAGAACACGAGAAAAUAGUAUAUUUAAGCGGAUCUAGUACCUUAACCACACAUCCGCGGCCUAUGGACCAUCAUGCCCUCAAAAACGCGGAUGUAUUAAUUAUGACUGAUCUCACUCAAACUCCUAUUAGCAAUCCGGAUUCCAUGUUGGGUGUGCUAUGUGUCGUUGUCGGUUUAACACUUAGAGGUGGAGGUAAUGUAUUGAUACCCUGUUACCCAACUGGGGUUGUAUACGAUUUGUUUGAGUGUUUGUCUGGUAAAAUGCAGGAAUUGGGAGUGUCGAAUUGUCCGAUGUUUUUCGUUUCUCCCGUAGCGGACAUGUCUUUGGCUUAUUCUAAUAUUCUGGCGGAGUGGUUGUCUUCAGUGAAGCAGAACAAGGUGUAUGUACCGGAUGAGCCAUUUCCACACGCUCUCUUAGUGAAAAGUAACAAACUCAAGCAUUUCAAGCAUAUUUUUUCGGAUGGGUUCAGCACCGAUUUCCAAGAGCCUUGUGUGGUAUUUUGUGGACAUCCGAGUUUAAGAUUUGGAGACGUGGUCCAAUUUAUCGAGCUUUGGGGCAAUAAUCCUAGAAAUUGUAUAGUUUUCACAGAACCCGAUUUCGAUUACAUCGAAGCGUUGGCGCCCUAUCAGCCGCUGCAAAUCAAAGUAGCGCAUUGCGCGAUUGAUACGUCGUUGAAUUUCACGCAAGCCAACAAGCUCAUCAAGGAUCUGAAACCAAAAACGCUAGUCGUACCGGAAUGUUACACCCAACCACCAGUGUCGGCGCCCAAUUUGACCGAAUUGGUGAUCGGAUCUCACGUCGAAAGUUCGGUGAUACCCUACAAAUGGGGCGAGGUGAUAAACUUACCGUUAAAAAGGAAACAAGGUCAAGCCUUCAUGGACACGAACGUUGCGCAAAAAAUUGUUCCUGUCGAGGUAAAACCCGGAAUAAGUCUGUCUACCGUAACCGGAGCCCUAAACGUCAAAGACAACGUUCAUAGCGUACAGGAGAUAUCCGGAGACUUUGUACCCAAUCAGUUGGUAAAAUACGAAUGGGGAUCUUUAAAUAUAACCGAAUUCUUGCAGAAAUUAUCGCAAGAGGGCGUCAAUGACGCUAAAGUGGAGUCUCUAGGAGGAAACGUCAUAGUUAUACAUCUGCAAGACGAAGACGCCCUCAUACAAUUAGAAGACAACAGUACGCACGUGGUGUGCAACGCCGACGAAAACCUUAGAACUAAGUUAAGAAACGUUGUAAUGCAGUGCUUAAAAAAGUUUUAAUAUAUUUUAUUAACAUUUUUUAUUAUCGAGUUUACAUUUGUAUAAAAAUUUUAACAAACAUUUUUUUAUCAUUAAAACAAGAAAUACAAAAAAGAAAACCUUUGGAAGUAGCGAAAAUGUUGGACUAGGCGUCUGUCAAACGUCAACGAUCAUAUGGCAAGAAUAUACAUAUGAUAAUACGUCAUAAGUUUGUCAAACGUCAACGAUCAUAGGUCAAUAAGAGACAUGACGAUCAUUACUGCAUAUUUCAGAAAUUAAGUGUAGGCUAUUGAUAAUUCGUUAGCAGCAGUUUUAUUGUACGGAGGAUCUUUGAUUUGACGUGAGACUACUACUAGCGCCUACAAAUGAAAAAAAAAUAGGCAUUACAGGUAUAAAUACCUGAACACCAAGGCAUGAAAAUGAAAACUUUUAAAAUUCCGCUUCACCGAGGGAUUCGAACUCGCAACCUUUGAUUUACCGUACCAACAUACUUUCCAUCAACAUCUUCAUCUGUAUUAAAUGCAUAUUAAUUAUUAUUUUUUGACAAAUGCAAAUAAGUAUUAGAUCUUAUAUAAUUUUAUUUAAAAAAAAAUUUUUUGUUUGCGACAAUCGCACAUUAAUGGCUCUCCCCCUUUUUUCCAGCCACUCGUUUGAAGUCGCCCAUGUUGGUCGUGUUGAUGGGCGAACCGAUAAUCGCUAAAUGAUCAAUUUGGGUGACUUCUCCGCCGCCCAGAUUGUCUUUGAUGAAGAACUGGAUGUUUUGCACGUUCUGAAACUUCACAUAUCUCAAGUUAACGGGAUUUCCUUCGACGUCUUCUGAAGUCAAC